AUGGUGGCAAACAAUCAAUACUUCUAUGGUCAUCAAAGGCAACGCCAACCAGCCCCUAGAAAGGAUGUGUUGGAACUUGAAGGUGUUGAUGUUCUCUUGGCACAAAAUAAACAGAUGCAUCAACAGCUUCAGCAACAAAUAGAAAUGAUGGCCAAGAAAAUUGAUGGACUGCAAGGUGCUGCAGUAAACACACAACGCCAAUCUCAAACCUCACAUGGGUGGAAUCAAUCUGAAGAAAGUUUAGGGACAUUCAAUUAUGAGCAACAAAGCUCUGAGCAGGUGCAAUGCAUGAAUAACACUUCAAGUUCAUUACAACACAAUUUUCAUGGUGAUGCACACAAGACACCCUGGAAGACUCAUUCUAAUUCAAAGUGGGGUGAGUACCAGAAUCAAGGACAAAGGGACUUCAACUAUAGUAGCAUUAGCAACACAAACAACCAAAGCCAUUUAUUCAAUAAUACUAACCAAUUCAAAAACCCACAAAACACAUACCACCAAUCCCAUAACAACUCACAAAACCACCAGAAUAACUUUUCUACAUCCACAUCCCACCCUCAAAGUACCCCCACAAUUAAUUCAAACAACUUCCAACAACAACCAUUUCAUUUCACACAAUCACAACCAAAUCCAGACUCUCAAAGAAUCUCAAGUCUAGAGAAAAUGAUGGAGAAACUCAUGAAAAAUCAAGAGAUGGCAAGACAAGAUCAGGAAACUGCAAGGAAAGAUCAGGCCCUGGCAUUCAAAAACCAAGAGGCCUCAAUCAGAAACCUUGAGAGACACAUGAGGCAAAUGGCUAAGCAAAUCUCAGAAAUGGGUGAGAAGAGAGCAAAUACCUUCCCCAAUGUCAUUGAAGAACACCCAAGGGACAAAGGAAAAGCCACAAAAUGGGAGGAGUGCAAAGCAAUUAUAGUGGAAAGUGAAGAGACUAGGGAGAAGGAAGCCAUCAAUCAAGAAGAACACAACAGAGAAGUUCCACAAGAAGAAAUAGAGGACAAAAGUGAAAAGGAUCAGACAACUAAGAAGGCACAAAUCUCAAAGGGAGACAAGAACAUCCUUGAAUCAAAAUUACAAGAGAAGAGGGAAGAAGCCUUUAAGAAGGCGAGGAAGGCUACCGCGGCUCAGAACGUCCCGGCCAAGGUGGUCGGAGAAGGGUCCUCCCAGGUUUUGUCGAAGCCGUCUAUCCUGAGCUCUCCUGGGCCAAGGAGGAUGAUCCCGACUCCCCAGGUUUGUUUGGUCGAUCCGCCUCAGACUUCAGUUGGUACCUUUGCUCCUUCAGUCGCUCCUCCUCCAAAAAGACCUCGGACUAUCGAGCCGUUUAACCUUGGUGCUCCCGACUUUGAUGCAGUUGGGUUUGUAGACCAACAGAUUGCUCCCUAUGGUGUCAUGCCUACUGACGAUGUAUCCAUUCUUCGUCAUUUAGACUUUAUUACUCGGAGUGGUAUUACACUGGCACACAUGGGAGUGGCUUUAUACCGAACUGCUCAAGAUCUUUCUAUCCAUGCUACCAAGGCUUUUAUGGAGGAGGCGAAAUCAGAGUUUGACCGAAUUAAGGGUUUGAAGGAGGAGCUCGAGGUUAAAGUGGCCGAGCUGGAAAAGGAGCUGAAGGGGGAAAAGGCCCGGGCUGUUGGUCUGGCGGCUGCCGCACAACUGGCUGAGGGUUUUGAACUCUUUAUCUUGUAA